AUGGCUUAUGAACCCUCUUUCCAAGAUCGACAGGACUUCGAAGAUGCCUCGCACGGCUUUGUCGCUGCGCUUUCUCCAGGUAUCAUCAAACAGAAGGACGGACGGGUAGUCUGGAAUAUCGACGAGUAUGAUUUUAUGAAAGACGAAUGCCCUGCAACUGCGAAUCCAAAACUAUGGCGACAGGGGCAAUUGAAUUCCAUGCAAGGUCUUUACGAGAUCGCGCCCUCCAUAUACCAAGUCCGGGCCUUCGACCUUUCCAACAUGAGCAUCAUCGAGGGAAAAGAAGGCAUCAUUGUAGUAGACCCAUUGAUCAGUAACGAAUGCGCAAAGGCAGCCCUAGAGAUCUAUCAAGAGCACAGGGAUCCUGAGAAGAAGAGGAAAGUCACGGGGAUGAUCUAUUCGCAUUCACAUGGUGACCAUUACAUGGGUGCCGGAGGCAUUCUGGGAGAGAACCCGCAAAUCCCUAUAAUUGCACCCGAUGGCUUCAUUGAAGCUGUCAUGAGCGAAAGUAUCCUGGCGGGCCCUGCGAUGCGACAAAGAGCUUGGUACAUGUAUGGCAAUGGACUCCCUCGUUCUCCGACCGGGCAGAUUGGUGUGGGGUUAGGAAUGGGUAGCUCAAAGGGCAAUACAUCCCUGAUCCCGCCUAAUCUACUCAUUAAAGAAACAGGCGAGGAGCAUAUUGUAGACGGAGUACGGAUCAUUUUCCAAAUGGUACCAGAGACAGAAGCACCCGCAGAAGUGAACUUUUUCUUCCCGGAUCUGAAUGCACUCUGCGUGCCAGAAACGGCCACAAACUGCAUGCACAACAUCGUAACAUUACGAGGGGCGCAGGUCAGAGACGCGAAAGCAUGGUCGGGCUACCUGGACGAAGUCGUACAAUUAUUCGGCCGCAAAGCCGAUGUCUUAUUUGGCAGCCACAACUGGCCCACUUGGGGGAGAUCACAACUGACCAAGCGCCUGAACGAACAACGCGACAUGUACGCUUAUUUGCACGACCAAACGGUACGGAUGAUGAACCUCGGCAUGACUGGAACAGAAAUUGCUGAGCAGAUCGUGCUACCACCCGCCCUAGCCCGUGCAUGGCAUUGUCAAGGUUUCUACGGAUCGGUCUCACAUAAUGUCAAGGGCAUUUACCAAAAGUACAUGACUUGGUUCGAUGGAAACCCCGCACACUUGUGGUCUCACCCUCGUGCUGCCGAGGGUCAGCGAUAUGUAGAGUGCUUUGGUGGGGUCGACGCGCUAUGCCUCAAAGCUUCUGAAUUUGCAUCGCGGGGAGACCUGAGAUUUGCAGCAACACUGCUCGACCACGCAGUUGCUGGUUUUCCUGAAGUUCAGAAACCCAGGGUUUUGUUAUCAGAAGUCUAUCAAAAGUUGGGUUUCGGUGCGGAGAACGCAACAUGGAGGAAUUUCUACCUAACAGCAGCGCAAGAGCUAACCGCCGAUCGUUCAAGUGCUGCUGAGAAGAUGGUAGCUGGCGGCCGCACACCUCUGGGUCCCAAUCUUGAUGUCGGUCAAUGGUUUGAUAUUCUUUCCAUACAAAUCAAUGGAGAAGUGGCAGCAGAACGGGACACCAAAGUUCGGAUCGAGUUCAACGUGAUCGACGAGAACGCAAGGUGGACGAUUGAAACCAGUAACGGAGUUAUUAUCCAUCGAAAGCAAGAGAUAGGACAACUCGAGGAAGGCGUUGACUUGUCGUUACGGCUGACGAAAAUCCAGUUAUUGAAUGCGCUGAGAGGCGGCGAAGUAGAUUGCGAGUCUCAAAGUGGACGAACAGCGGCAUUGAAGGAAUUGCUAGAUCUCACAAGGGUUGAGACAGGGGCAGCCAGGGGCCCAAGCCAAUUGUAA